AGGCGUGUCGCCGGCGGAAGGCGACCCGACCCAACACAACCCAGCCAUGUCAGCGCGUGACCGCGAGACGGCCGAGGCGCUGGUGCGCCUCGCCGCCUCGCUGGACGGGGCGGUGCUCGGCCUGGGCACGGCGGCCGUCGCCGUCGCGUCGUGGGUCAAGUACCUCACCGUCUCGGGGCAGCUGCGCCUCGUCGCCUCCGCGGCGGCGUCCUCCAUCGCCGACCUCCGCUCCCUCCUCCCUGGCAGCGGCGGCGAGCCGCGGCUCGCGGCGGUGCGGGGCUACGUGCGCCCCAAGCCGGGGGGCAUGAUCCUCCAGCCCCCGUUCUCCGGGGAGCACGGGGUCAUCACCAAGCACACCCAGAUGUGCUUGUUCACGGAAUGGAGAGGUAUCUUUGGAUGGACCUUUGAUCUGCAUGCUCUUCUUUUCAGAUCAUGGAAAGAGCAGAUUGUAACAUCUUUUAGAACGGUUCCGUUUGUUCUUGCCAGUUCUGAGAUUGGAAACCCUAUUGGGAUGGUUCAUAUCAAUGUAGAGAAGGCGGAUCCCAAUCAACCAUUACCUCUUACAACUGUGUUUCAUAAACUUAUCCCAAUUGAGACAACUCCUUACGCAUUGUUUCAAACUAUUAUUGGGAAUGGCUAUCCUAUUGCAUUAUUGGAUGAAGAAAAAAUACUACCUAUUGGAAAGGAGCUUACAGCAAUAGGACUAUGUCGAGCAAAGGAUGAAAGUGUUGAGAUUAGCUCGUGCCCAGAUCUCCCCUUUUUCUUAUCUGAGCUGACCAAGGAUGAGAUGCAAGCUCAGCUGGCUUCGCGUGCUAGGACACUCUUUUGGGGUAGUAUUGUUUUGGGAACCUUGUCUGUUUGCCUAGUGGGCCAUGCCAUUUACAGGUGCUGGAAGAGAAUCAAACUGCGGAGAGAGGCUAGGCAAGCACAACAGUUAUUUGAGGAGGCUGAAGAUGCUAUUCAAGAAGGUGACUCGAGUGACGAAGAAGUAGGGGACGGUCAGCUAUGUGUUGUCUGCCUAAGGAGGAGAAGGAAAGCAGCUUUCAUUCCUUGUGGGCAUCUUGUCUGCUGUUGCAAAUGUGCAUUAAGAAUGGAACGUGAGGCUGAACCAUUGUGCCCGAUGUGUCGGCAGGACAUCAGAUACAUGAUGAGGAUUUAUGACUCUUGAGUGCGGAUAGAUUUGGUUCUGGACAUGAAAACUGAACUUUACAAGGUCAUGUGACGUGGACUAAAUUGUGUUUGCUUCAAUUGGCAGAAAAUGUUAACACCAUUUCAAUCUAGGAACAGUUUGUAUUAAGUAAAUACCUUGCAACUGUCUUGAAUAGUGUGGUUGUUGCAGUGAUUGUUCAAAUAAUGGUAAUGGCUGCCCAUGCAGUGCUUGUGCUGUGGAUAACCCUGAGUGAUUGUGUGUUUAAUCUCUGUUUUUUUUUUGCGGGUAUGUGUGUUUAAUCUCUUCAUGAUGGAAUACAUAUUCCUAUCCAAUUUGGCUGAUUUACAAAAAAAAAA